AUGGAUCCUGGGCACGCAAAUAACGGACCCGCGGCUUCCGAUGACUCUGCUCGGAGAGCGUGUGAUCAGUGUCGUACGAGAAAGAUCCGAUGCGAUAAAGACUGGCCAUGCUCUAACUGUCGUACUGCCAAGCGAUCCUGUACAUCCACAGGCGUUGGCCAGAGACCCAAAGAGCCCCGACAGCGAGUUCUCAUCUCGUCUCAAUAUGAACGAAAGAUCGACCAGAUUGAGGUCCGCUUAGGCAAUAUAGAAAGCCUCCUCCGGGAUCUCUCCCAACGUCCCGUCUCCACUCCAGGAAGUAACAUUCAUUUUCCUGUCACCCCUGGACCCUUCCCGGGUCUCGAUCCAGCCACUGCAUCUACAGCUGCUUUUGACAGUUCCGAUGACGAGUCUGCUCUGGGUGGUGAUUCCGUAAUUGCCCAGCAAACCUCGUUUGCCAGCGACCUUCUUGAGCAUGCCGUGGAGCGCACCUCAUUAAACGAUGUCAGUCCCAAGAUGUGGGAAGCUCUCGCAAACUUGAGACAGUUAGCCGAGCUUCAGAGUCGACAGUCCAUCAGCCAUGGUCCCAGGUUCCCACUCCAGCAGCCCAUACCAAAAGGAGGCUUGGGACAACUGCCAAUGCCCCCUAUGGAUAUUGUUGUGAACCUGCUCAAGAGAGUCAGAGCUUCUCCGCCAGGUCUCUUCACGUUUGUGUGUUAUUUUAUAGGAAUAAGUGACUUCUCCAACCUCUGUCGAAUGGUCUACUUUCCCACAGACGACUUUAGUGACUCCACCUUCAUCAUUGUCAACGUUGGUCUCUAUUACUUGUUUCUUGAACAGCACCACUUGACCGUUGAUAACAAGCCUCUGAAAGAUGAGUUUGCAUCACACCUUUACACAAGUCGCGUCAACCUGGAAACAGCGCUGGCAAACAUGUCUCUCUUCCUAUCAACCAAGAUUGAAACAGUUCAGGCUCUCCUCAUGGGUACAUUAUACACCAUCGACGUCUGCAGACCCUCUGUGGCUUGGCAUCUCAACUGUGCUGCUGCGCAAAUGUGCCAGACUGCUGGUUUCCAUCGCAGGGAUCUUUCAACGCGCAACCCUGAGGAAACUGACAUUAAGAUGAUCCUUUUCUGGUACACGUAUACCACGGACAAAGCACUAGCACUUCGACUAGGCCGUGCCCCUGCCAUCCAGGAUUGGGAAAUCACCAUCCCACGUACUUUCAGCUUUGAUGGUAUCUUGAGUCUCGAAACCAGAGCUGUGGCGGGCAUGUGGCUCAAUGCCGCAACGUUGCAGGGCCAGGUGUAUGAGCAACUGUUUUGUCCGGCAGCGUUAAGCCAACCGCCAGCUGUGCUCGCUGAACGAGCACACUUGCUAGCAGCUGAGUGCCGCCGUGUCGAGGCGGAGGCGGAUCAAAGUCGAGAAAUGGCUAUCUCAUCGCUUGAGAAGAUCGGAGCUUCGCCUCUAGUUGAUGUCCAUCUAAAGGGUGACGAAGUGCAGCUGUUGUCAACUAUGACUCUCAUCUACAGAGCAAUCCCAGCUCCUGAAGGGUCGCCCACAAGGUUCUGUCAAGAGUGUAUAGAUACUGCACGAAAAGCUUCGCGCAAACAUUUCGCGUGUAUGGAUUUGGUGCGAAAAGACCCCCACGCGAGAGCCAUAUAUGUCCAUUGGUAG